AUGGCCUCUCCAGCACCACAGCGUAGAUCCUUGAAAAAGAAGGCAGGACAACACCAACCUUCCGCAGGAACAUUUACCCCUUUCACCUCUCCGUCAACAGGUAGACGGCGAAAGGACGUAGGUGAUUACUGGCUGGGCCAUACGCUCGGAAAAGGAUCUUCGGGACGCGUCAAGCUUGGCAUCCAUAAGGAAACUGGUCAAAAAGUGGCAAUCAAAAUUAUAUCUAAGACUCAUUUGGCAUCCAAUGGUUCGAUAGAAAGAGCCGUCAAGAGGGAAAUAGCUGUGAUGAAGUUGAUUGAUCACCCAAAUAUCAUAUCACUUAUCGACGUUAUCGACCUGAGCGACUCGCCGAAUCUGUAUCUCGUUUUGGAAUACGUUGAGGGCGGAGAAUUGUUUGAGUACUUGGUAUCCCAAGGCAGACUCUGCGAAAGUGAAGCCAGACGAUAUUUUCAACAAAUUAUAUUUGGUCUUGAAUUCUGCCAUAGACAUCUCAUUUGUCACAGAGACUUGAAGCCAGAAAAUUUACUUUUAGACGAGAACAAAAAUAUUAAGAUUGCUGAUUUUGGUAUGGCAUCCUUGCAGCCCACAGGAAGGAUGUUGGAAACCAGUUGCGGAUCACCACAUUAUGCUAGUCCCGAGAUUGUUGCUGGAAUUCCCUAUAAUGGAUCUGCAUCUGAUAUUUGGUCUUGUGGGAUCAUCUUGUUUGCACUUCUUUGUGGACAUCUACCCUUCGAUGACGAAAAUAUUAGGCUAUUGCUUACCAAAGUCAAAAAUGGGAAAUACAAGAUUCCUGAUCAUGUCUCAAACCUUGCAAAAGAUCUCAUUGCCAAAAUAUUAGUGAUUGACCCGAAAGACAGAUAUAAGAUGGAAGACAUACAGUCUCAUUCUUGGUUUACAGUCGAGAAGCAUUACGACUUGACUCUUCUUCCUCAGCCACCAGCACCAGAGGAGAUCGGUAUGCCGCUCAAAGCCUCUGCGCAGAUGGACGAAAGGAUACUGGAGACACUAAAAGUGCUAUGGAGUGAUCUAUCGAAGCAGGAUAUUCUCAACGCUCUUCUUAGUAAUGAGUAA